CUCGUGCCCGGACUUGGGUCCAGCACAGCGGUAGAGAUGGCUCAGUAUUUCCCCGGACUGAAGAGCCGUAACGACGCGGCGAGGCUCCGUGCGGCCCGAGACCUCCGAGAAGUACGUGUCUACUGAGCUGCGAGAACUGCCUGACGAGCAAUCCAGCGAAAUUCUGGAUGACGUCAACCAAAAUAUAUUCUCCCUCAUCUCGAGCCAAGAGGUCCACGAGAAGAAGGGAGGGAUCCUAGCCAUAGUGAGUCUGGUUGGUCUGGAGGGAGGAGGGAAUGUCGCAAAGUUGGGUCGCUAUGCCAACUACCUUCGUAGCAUCCUUCCACACCCCGAUGUGGCCCUUACCGAAAUGACCGCCAAGGCCAUUGGCCAGCUGGCUCUGGCUGAAGGACAUACACGGCAGAGUAACGUGGAGUUCGAAGUGAGGCGAGCUCUCGAGUGGAUCGGAGGAAAACGAACACAAGAGACUCGCAGCUGUCCUGAUUCUGAGGGAGCUGGCAGUUCAUACCCCCACACUCUUCUACCAACAAAUCCAACAGUUCUUUGACAACAUAUUUACCGCCAUCAGGGAUCCCAAGGCUCUAAUCAGGGAGAGGGCGGUGUCAGCGUUGAGGGCGUGUCUGAGACUGACGGCACAAGAGGGAGACAAAAGCGGCAGGCGACAAACACGCGAGCGCUACAGAGAGCUUACUAUGAUGUAAGCACUAAUGGCCUUGGGGAAGGUCUCCGCACGUGAGAAAAUGGCUAAUCUCAGCCGUGUACGACCGUAUCGCAUGAUGCUCCUCCCAUCAUAAUCAACGAACUCAUUAUGAAGCAGUGCAGGGAAUGCCGAGAGUCUCCGGCCGGAGCUGAGCGACCCGGAAGAGAACGAGGACACAAGGACUGACAUACUCAUGGAGGGAGAGCACAAACACUCCAUCGUCUCGGCUGCGAUAGAGGCGGUUUCCAGGCACUCUAGGGACAGGAACUGUUCGGAGGUUCCUGGUUCGCACAGGGCUACGCCGGUGGGAAAAGAGUUAAUUCAAGGCGAUGCCAAGCAAGGCGUGUCAGCAGUUUAUGAUGAGGAACUUUGACGACGUCUGCCGCCUGUUUUUCAAGAACAGAACCAGUCGAGUAUGCUGAUUCAGCAGACGUUGAUGACUCUCCUUCCUCGUAUCGCUGCCCUUAACCAGGACCUCUUGCACUCAUCACUGACGGACGGAGGUGAGCUACUGCAGGGCUGUUGAGGAAGGAGAGGGAGAAGGCAGCUGCAUUCAGGUCCAUGGGGUUCAUGGUCUAUGUGUUGAAGGACAGAAUGGAUCUGGAGCCUGUGCUGCAGACCGUCAAGACCAGCCUCCCCACCGGCAGGAGGGUCCCUACCAAGAGAGCUAGUCGCAGUGGGUCGGCCUAUGAGCCGUCCGUGUUCCUGUGUAUCAGUAUGCUGGCCAGGGCGGUGGGAGGGAACAUAGAGAGCGAGAUGAGCGGGAUGCUGGACCAGAUGUUCUCCGCAGGACUCACUGUUGAGCUGACCUCUGCCCUCCAGGUCCUCUCGGAGAGGAUUCCUACACUACAGAGAGAGAUUCAAGAUGGGCUGUUGAAGAUGCUGUACAUGGUUCUUCUGCACCAGCAACUGAGGCACCCAGGAGCUCCCAAGACCCAAGCAGCCGCUCUCCAACCCACCCCUCCUGGAAACGUAAUGGAGGCAGACAUCCCAAGUGUAACUCUAGCUCCUAAAGACUCUCGGAUCCAUUCAACUUUGGAGCCUCCCCACCGUUGCAGCUGGUACAGAUCUGUGCGGAGCACUACCUGACCUCAGAGCACCGCUCGGUCAGAAUGGAGGCCGUCAAGACGUGUGCUGCUCUCCUGGUCCCCUCUCUCCUCCCUCCCUCCAUCUUCACCACUCCCUUCGUUCAAUUCUCACAGGCUUCUGCUCAGGUGGUGGGAGAAGUCCUCAGUAAGAUGUUGGUCGUUGGUAUCACUGAUCCAGACGAUGAGAUCAGGGAGUGUGUGUUCCUGUCACUGGACAAGAGGUUUGAUCCUCAUUUGGCACAGGCCGAGAGCCUCACCACUCUCUUCAUGGCCAUGCAAGAUGGAGUGUUUCGCAUCAGGGAACUGGCGAUGUGUAUCAUAGGCCGACUCAGCAGUCUCAACCCGGCCUUCGUCAUGCCGACGCUCCGCAAGGUCCUGAUCCAGAUCCUGACGGAGCUGGAGUACAGCGGGGUCGGCCGGAACAAGGAGCAGAGUGCCAAGCUACUGGGACAUCUUGUGGCAAACGCUCCUAAACUAGUCAGACCUUACCACGCCCCAAUUCUCAAGGUGCUCAUUCCGAAACUGAAGGAGCCAGAUUUGAAUCCCAACGUUGUCAUCAACAUCGUGGCCACCAUUGGGGAACUGGUGCAGGUUGCCAGGAGACCAUCUGUGUGUCAGGACCUCGGUCCCAUCCUCCUGACGAGGCUGCGGACUCAGCUCGUCUGGCAAGUGAGAGGUGGCCUCUCUGGACGUUUGACACUGGUGUAGAAAUCCGGAUAUGUGAUAGAGCCUACCACAGUUCCCCUACACGCUGCUGACACUGUUCUCUGCUUUCUCAUUUCAUUUCUCAAGACGGAGCAACCGUCUGGCGUCAAGAGAGAGGUGGUGAGAGUCCUGGACUGCUGGGAGCCCUGGACCUUACAACACAAGCACAGCCAGAGGAACUGUCAGCCCAGCAAGAUGGGGACGCCUCUCAGUAAACCAAUGGACAAGACCACUCCCGACGUCACUGCAGUUGGAGAUCAGCCAGUGCCUGCCUGGUCUCCAUGUGUAUGGAGCCAGUCUGGAGGAUUUCUACUACCCCUCAAUUGCCAUCAACUCCCUCAUGAGAAUACUCAAAGACCAGUCCUCUCUCUCUCAACACCACACCAUGCCAUUCAGGCUCUGGGUUCAUAUUCAAAGUCUGGGAUCAAAUCGGUGCCUUAUCUACCACAAGUGAUGCCACCAUUUCUGCAUGCUCUCUGCAGCUGCAUCUCGACCUGCGGGAGUACAUGUUCAAGCAGCUCGCCCAGAUCGUCUCAAUCAUCAAACAACAACGCACGAGAUUACAUCAGGACAUCUUCUUCCUCCUUCAUCAGGGAGUUCUGGACGACCGAGCACCAGCACCUCCAGAACACCAUCAUUCUCCUCAUAGAGAAGAUAGUGGCCGGGAUGGGGGACGAACUCAAGAUCUACAUUCCACGCAUGGUGGAGCCGGUCCUGAAACUCUUCCUCCAAGACCAGAGCAAAAUGAAGAUCUCCACGCAGAAGAUGCUGGCAGCCCUACAACUGUGUGGAGCUAGUCUUGACGACUACCUCCAUCUCCUGAUUCCUCCCAUUGUCAAGGUCUUUGAGACCGACACCAACCCCACGGACGUCAGGAGGACUGCCCUGGAGACCAUUGAGAAACUAAGUCAGACUGUCAACUUCAGCGACUAUGCCUCUCAGAUCAUACAUUCCAUUGUUGUCGUCCUGGAUACCAGCUCAGAGCUCCGCCCUGUUGCCAUGGACGCACUCUGCUCCCUAAUGACCCAGCUCGGCCAGCGGUACAAGAUCUUCAUCCCCAUGGUGAAAAAGGUGAUGACCAAGAACAAAUAUAACUACACAAACUACGAGCUGCUCCUCGUAAGACUCCUCAGAGACGAACCACUCUCCCCUGAGGAUGACGUCGAUCGACAACUGAAGGCUGGAAAAUCGAAAUCUGUGGAAGACGACUCGGCAGAAAUCGAGGCUGCAUCGUUCAAGAAAUUCCCUCUGGAACCAAAUGCCCUGACACGGGCAUGGUCGUCGGUCGGACGUGUCUCGAAGGAGGACUGGGUGGAGUGGCUGCGGAGGUUGGGGGUGGAGCUACUGAAGGAAAGCCCCUCCCCCUCGUUAAGGUCGUGCUGGGCGCUGGCCCAGGCCUACAAUGCUCUAGCCAGAGAGCUGUUUAACGCUGCCUUCGUCUCCUGUUGGAUGGAACUGAGGAGGCCUACUGGUCACGACCUGAGACAGGCUCUCACCCAUCAGACCAUCCCCGAGAUCACUCAGACCAUUCUCAACCUGGCCGAGUUCAUGGAGCACUGCGAGGAGGCUACCCAGAAGGUGCAGGAGAAGUGGUAUAUGAGUCUCAAUGACUGGGAGGCUGCCUACAAGGCGUACACAGAGAGACAGAAACAGAGACCUGACGACAUCUCUCUCACCCUCGGGAAGAUGAGGUGUCUCCACGCCAUGGGGGAGUGGACAAGGCUGUAUGAGAUGGCCUGUGAGAGCUGGGGACUGGGAGAUGACACCACGCGACAGAAGAUGUCCGUCAUGGCCUCUGCGGCGGCCUGGGGACUGGGACAGUGGGAGAGCAUGGAGGAAUAUGUCCGCAGCAUUCCGAAGCACACCAUGGAGGGCUCCUUCUACCAGGCCCUUCUCCACAUCCACCAAAAGGAGUUCGAUGAUGCCCAGAAGUGUAUUGACUUGUCACGUGACAUCCUGGUUACGGAGCUGACGACCCUGGCAACGGAGAGCUACAGCCGAGCCUACGGAGUGAUGGUUUCAAUCCAACUGCUGUCGGAACUGGAAGAGACCGUUCUGUGCCUUAUGCAGAGCGACAGGAAGACUCAGCUUCAGCAGACCUGGUGGAAUAGACUUCUGGGCUGUCAGCGUAACACGGAAGACUGGCAGAGGAUACUGCAGGUCCGGUCCAUAGUCCUGAGUCAGCAGGAGGAGAUUCAGUCUUGGGUCAAGUUUGCCAGCAUCUGUCGAAGAUCAGACAAGAUGGCGCUAUCAGAGAGAACUCUGCGCUCAAUCCUCAGCCACGACCCUGCCUACUCCACAGAGGAGCCUCUCUCUGAUAAAUACCCCUCUGUGACGUUUGCAUUCGUGAAGCAUCUCUGGCAGACGGGAGAGAGAGAUCGGGCCUUCGACUUCCUCUCUAAGUUUGUCCGCACACUGCAACCUUUGACCCCGGCAACCCAGAACACUCAGGACACUCGUCUGUUGGCACGCUGCUACCAGAAGCUGGGAGACUGGCGGUUGCAACUGGAGGAGAGGGGAGGGAGUGUCCCCAGCAUAGGGCCCGCCAUAACUGCCAUUCUGCAGCACUACCACAGAGCUACUGAGUACAACCGAUCCUCCUACAAGGCCUGGCAUGCCUGGGCCUUCAUGAACCUCCAGGCCCUCCUGGAGCACAAGAAACCCUCCUCUGGGAAGGCAGCUGUUUAUUCGACCCCUGGGGAAAUUGGGCGCUCCUCGUCAAAUGACCAGCAGACCACACCCACGUCAGAGUCACGUGACCUGCAUGCCCCACCCACCGAGACGAAGCUGAUCACGUACGCAUGCUCGGCCGUCCACGGUUUCUUCCGUUCCAUCUCUCUCUCCCAGCAGAGCUCUCUUCAGGACACUCUGAGACUGUUAACCCUGUGGUUUGACUACGGUCACUAUCCUGACGUCCACGAUGCAGUCACUGACGGUCUCAAGACUAUAGACAUUGAUACAUGGCUACAGGUAAUUCCCCAGCUCAUCGCUAGGAUCGACCAUCCUCGACGACUGGUGGCCAAACUGAUCCACGACCUCCUCACUGACGUGGGGAAACAGCAUCCUCAGGCUCUCAUCUACCCACUGACAGUAGCCAGUAAGAGCCAGAGCCCCAUGAGACGUGCGGCGGCAGACACAAUCCUCCAGAACAUGACUGAACACAGCAGCCGUCUGGUCCAGCAGGCAAUUCUGGUCUCAGAGGAGCUAAUAAGAGUGGCCAUCCUCUGGCAUGAACAGUGGCACGAGGGGCUGGAGGAUGCUUCCCGGAUGUACUUUGGGGAGCACAAUGUGAAGGCCAUGUUCUCGAUCCUGGAACCACUCCACCACAGAAUGGAACGCGGACCUGAGACCCUCAAGGAGAUAUCCUUCAACCACGCCUAUGGAAGGGACCUGGCUGAGGCCUAUGAAUGGUGUAAGAAAUACCAGAGCACUGCGAAUGUGAAGGAACUGACUCAGGCCUGGGAACUGUACUACCACGUCUUCAGAAAGAUCUCCAAACAACUACCGCAGUUGACGACUCUAGAACUGCAGUAUGUGUCUCCGAAGCUGAUGGGUUGCGUUGACCUGGAGCUGGCAGUCCCCGGGACCUACGAACCCAACCAACCAGUUGUCCACAUUCGGAAGGUGUCCGCCACUCUCAAUGUCAUCACGUCCAAACAGAGACCUCGGAAACUGGUCAUCCAGGGGAGCAAUGGUAGGGACUACAUGUUCCUACUGAAGGGACACGAGGACCUCAGACAGGACGAGAGGGUCAUGCAGCUGUUUGGUCUGGUAAACACUCUCCUUGGCAACGACCCCGAGACCUUCAAGAGGCACCUCAGCAUCGAGCGAUACUCUGUGAUUCCUCUGUCUCCCAACUCUGGACUGAUAGGCUGGGUGCCCCACUGCGACACCAUCCACUCUCUCAUCAGAGACUACCGGGAGAAGAAGAAGAUCAUGCUCAACAUCGAACAUCGCCUCAUGCUACAG